ACCGGGUUCACUGUUGGGUUUUUGAUGUGAGAAAAGGAGGAUGCUCUAAUCGUGCGCCCCCCUUCCCUCCUCCUCUCCCUCCCUCCCUCCUACUCCUCACAUCACGUAGUCUGGCUGAUUUCACUUUUCAUUUCACACACACACACACACCCCUCCUCUGUGAUCCACCCUGCCAUCCAGGAGACUCCCUCUCCAUCCCUCUAUCCAUCCAUCCGGCACACUGCGCUGGAACAAGGCGCCACAACAACCCCCUCCCCAGCCGCUCCUCCAGCUUUAACAGGAAUAUUAUCGGAUUUUCUUUUAGUCAAACCUGUUUUUUGUGAAUUGAUUGUUGCUUUAGAGGAGAUGUUUGGUCUCGUCUGAGGCUUUUUUUUUUUAAUUUAAUUUGUUUGGACACCACCUGAGAAUAAACGUUACCACGAUGCCGAAACAAGGAACGCUCCGGCUGUGUUGAGACAGACGCUGGACUAAAAAGGUGUAACUUCAGGCAGCACAAACAGGACUGGACCACAAACAGAGGCUUCAUUUUGAUGUCAGCAUGGCUGUGAACAUGAUGCCAUGUCCCGCCAUUUGGCCAGGGGAGGAACAGUUGCUGGACCAGGAUGCCUCUCUGUCGAGCCAAGCCCCCAUCUCUGAGCCGUGCCUAUCAGCAGCCAGCGGUGAACAACUCAUCCACAGCAGCAGCCCGGCCAGCGCGAGGCCCCCACGCAGCAAAUCUAAAGGAGAGCUGGUCAUAGUCAUCAACGAGAAGCUGAAGAACAGUAAUGGGAUCCAUGCAGCACCUGCAGAGUGCACGUCCCCAGUCAUCUCCUCUCCUCCCAGAAGGCAACACUCCAUCUCUUACCCCCAUCACGGCAAGACCAGGAAAGGGAGCAGGGCGAGCUCCAUUGGCUACACCGCCUUCUCGCCCAGGCCGUCGCUUUCUCGCCACUCCAGCAUCGCCACGAACCCACCAUUGGACCGGACCAAAGUUAAAGACUACCUCCUCCUGUCCGUGCUGGCCUGCUUCUGCCCCGUCUGGCCCAUCAACAUCGUGGGAUUUGUCUACUCCAUCAUGUCCAAGAACAGUCUCGAACAGGGAAACCUGGAUGGCGCCGUGCGUCUGGGACGUGUGGCCAAGAUGCUCUCCAUGGUGUCACUAGUUGGAGGGACGGUCAUUAUCAUCGCCUGCAUUGUCAACCUGGCUAUAAAUGUGAAAACCUGAGUUUCAUCCCAUGAUGAAACUGGAUAAGGCAACUGACCGUCUGGCCCGCACCUGCAUCACCAUCUUUACCGCCUAGUCAUUACCUGGAUGUGUGACAAAUAUGCACCCGAUAUACAGUGCUUACUUAUAUUUCUGUAGUCUAUAUAAAUCCCUUUUGCUAAUGGAAGAAAAUAAAAUAUGCAAAUGCUGCUGCUCUGAGUCGGGGGAGGGAGGGAGGGUUUUGUCCAUCUGAUGUUAGAUGGAGAAGGGAGUAGACAGUCCAAUCGGUCCCUUUGUACACUGGUCAACACGUUCAGAAUGAUUCUUGAGAAAGACACAAACUCUUUGAGAAUCCCAUCAUCACCUGCAGAACCGACUCGGACAAGUUGGACGAGAAAACCAGUGGAGGUGAUUACAGAAUGUGAAACCGGGCGGGAUUGCCUCACACCUUCAAGUCCCAACAAAAUGUCUGCCAAGUCCAUCCUUCACCGCACCAACAACAGGAUAGCAGUUACAGCUUGCCGUUAAAUUGCCUUGGACACGUGGAGAGGCUCUGGGAUUUGUGUCCCUCUUGGAAUCACAGAGCAGAAAUUCACCCAAUUCCCUCACAGAGACGAAACACUUUCAAUCGCCACGUGUCCUCUUUGUUUCAGACUCUCCUCUGUGUGGUUCUCAUGACUUCCUGCCGUACAUCUUGUGUUUGAGAUUGAGUGUAUCGGUGGCAAAAGAGGAUGAAAAAGAGGCUUACCGAGGACUAGCUAUGGGUGCUAAAAUGGAAGGGAUUAUGGAAAGUCUCGCACAGAAGGCACAGUCAUCACCGCAAGAAAAAAAUAAUGUGCCAAAAAAAGAAUUUAGAGGGAAAGUUUCUUGCUUUGUAAAGACCCAACUCUGAUCACAGACUUGCUGUUGUAAAGAGGAACACUCUGCUGCACCUUUACUGUAUAUCUGCUCGACACCACUGACCACUGUGAGCUGGGGAAAGGGUACAUGUUCACACACACACAAAAAAAAACCCUACUGUAGCAAAGAUACAUUCAUUUUACAGUGAAGCUAAAUAUGCCACAUCAUCUAUAACCUGAUCUUUUGAUAAUGUUUGUAAAACAUCAUUUUGGAACAGAGAGACGAUUUCGUAAUGGGAUGGGAUGAAGUACUGUGCCACAGUUGACAGACGGUGGUAGUAUUGUAUGCAUCGGCAUCAUUAUUUGCUUAACAAAUUAAAUAGCUUGUGAUUGCAGUCAAAGUUGUGGCUGGGAGCCUCAGUCUGCAUCCGCAGGGAAGCUCGUACUUUCAAAACCAGACGGAUUUUGACAUUUUCUGUCCCUGAAACAGCAACAAACACCUUAAUAUAUGCCCGUUAUGUUGUCUCUGGAUGGUUAAUUUGCAAAACCAGUUCAUUGGACUCUGGUUUUCUGGGUGUGGUAUAUAAAUAGAACUAAAUUUCUAAUCAUUAUUACUAUUAUUGUUAAUAUUAUUAUAAUAAUUGAAUUUCCUGUGUAUCCUGAACUAACCUCUAAUCUUUAUCUACCUGUGAUUCUCACUGUGAUCUGAAACUCCUAGGUUUCAUUCCUGGAUUUUGAAUCAUGUACAGAAACGCCACAGUUUCUCAUCACGAGUUGACACCUGCAGUUUUCUGUAAUGAUUAAUAUGGCAUUUUUUUCUCCCCUUUGUUAGUACUUGAUAUGUACAUUUAAUUGUAAUCAACAGUUGAUGUAUUCUGCAGAUAUAAAUCUCAAUAUUGUGAUAAUUCUCUAGUUGGUAUGAGUUAGCAUUAAGUAGUUAUGAUCUAACGUAGGCACAGAAAUUGUCGACUAGCCUCCUGACAGUCAUUGUAUUACCACCGGGCUUCUAUAAUCUUUGUGGUUAUUGGCAUGUUGUCGAUUUUUUUAUUAAUGUAUGAUGAUAUAAGUUGAAAAUUACAAAGAUAAGAUGGCACCUGGAAUAUUAUACUUCUGCAGCACCUUCAUAAUAAAGACACAAUGCAUGCAAA